CCUGCGCACGUGCGCUGGAGUCACGGAAAUGUCUGGGAGGCGAGCUAGGUACUUCAUUGCACACGCUCUAGAUGGCAGUCUGUCAGUCCUACUCCCUACGCUCAUUGAGUGCAACUGCAUGCCCGAGGACAGGUCGGAGUUACCCACUCCCGAAGCAGCAAAACACCACCCUCAUCUAAAAUCUAUUCCCUCCUCUAGAUCCAAAUGCUCAAAUACUUCUCCUUCUCGGACGUGAUAUCCUUCAAGUCCAUAAGGUAAGAGAGCAACGCAAUGGGCCACAAAAUGCUCCCUAUGCUCAAAGAGUGGACCUAGGCUGGGUUGUGGUCGGCGAGGUCUGUCUUGGUGCUGCUCACAAGCCCUCAACUGUGAGUGUUUACCGCACAAACAUUCUAGAAGAUGGGCGUCCAUCCUGCUUUAGCCCAUGUCCCAAUAAGCUCUACCUCAAGGAGAAAUUAACUGCACAUCCAAGUGUUAAACCCUCUCUGUUUUCUCAGCUUGCUCCCAGCCCAUCAGCCGCCUCAAUCUUCGAAAGAACGAAAGAUGAUGAAAAGAUAGCCCCCUCAGUUGAGGAUAGGCAGUUCGUUCAGGUAAUGGACAAAGAAAUGUUCAUGGAUGACACUAAUAGCUGGGUAGCACCCCUCCCCUUUCGUUCACCCAGACAACGCCUUCCAAACAACAGAGAGCAAGCUCUGAGUCGUUUCAAUUCUCUGUCGCACUCUAUGUAAGAAAUCCGAGAUGAGAGAGAAUUUCGUGGAGUUUAUGCAGAGGAUCUUUGAUAACAACCAUGCUGAGCCAGCUCCUCCUGUGAACCCAGGGGAGGAGUGCUGGUACUUACCCUCCUUCGGUGUGUAUCACCCACGCAAGCCUGGUCAAAUUCGCGUAGUGUUCGACUCCAGUGCCCAGUUCCAUGGUGUGUCUUUGAACGAUGUGCUGCUAACGGGCCCCGAUCUAAACAACAGUCUAGUAGGAGUCCUUCUACGAUUUAGACACGAGCCAAUAGCCAUCACUGCGGACAUAGAGCAAAUGUUCCACAGUUUCAUUGUCAGGGAAGAUCAUAGGAACUUUCUCUGCUUUCUGUGGUUCAAGAACAAUGAUAUGUCUGAAAGCAUGGUAGAAUAUCGUAUGAAAGUCCACGUCUUCGGCAACAGCCCCUCUCCAGCCGUUGCCAUUUACGGCCUCAGACGUGCUGCCUUAUUCAAUGAAGCGGAGUUUGGUGCAGAUGUGAGACAUUUCAUCGAAAGAGACUUUUACGUUGACGAUAGACUUAAGUCACUUCCCUCCAUCAAUGAAGCAAUAAGCUUGCUUAAGGCUACCAAAGAUAUGCUCGCUAUCUCUAACCUAAGACUCCAUAAAAUAGCAUCCAACUGCUCAGCUGUAAUGCAUGCAUUCUCUCCGGCCGACUAUGCUAAAGACUUGAAACAUCUGAAUCUAGACACUGAUUCACCCCCUUUGCAGUGCAGUCUCGGCUUGAGUUGGGAUCUCCAUAACGAUGCAUUCACAUUCCAUGUCAACCUCAGUGACAAACCAUUCACGCGCAGAGUCCUGGCGACUGUAAACAGUUUGUUUGACCCUCUCGGCAUGGUUGCGCCAAUUACCAUCCAAGGAAAACUGCUACUCCGUGGACUUUCAAACACAAAGUCAGACUGGGAUGCCCCCCUUGCAACCGAAAAGGAAGUAGAAUGGAACCUGUGGAAAGACUCAUUGCAAGACUUACAGCAGCUCAGAAUUCACCAAACCUACACUCCAAUGUCCAUUUCUCAUUCAGUAAGAAAGGAGAUUCAUGUCUUUUCGGAUGCAUCUGUUCAGAACAUAUCCACAGUCGCAUACUUGAAAGUAACAGAUAGUGAUGGAAUGUGUCAUGUCGGGUUCAUUAUGGGAAAGGUAAAGCUAGCCCCACAGACAGUACAUGCAGUUCCCAGACUUGAACUGUGUGCGGCAGUCCUUGCAGUCGAAAUAGCAGAACAAAUUGUCCAAGAACUAGACAUCAACCCUGACACCCUACUGUUCUACACGGACAGCAAAGUUGUUUUGGGGUACAUCUGCAAUGAGACCCGACGAUUUUACGUGUAUGUCAGCAACAGAGUGCAAAGAAUCAGAGAAUUCACUCACCCAGAGCAGUGGCGGUACAUUCCAACCUCACAAAACCCUGCUGAUGUUGCUACUAGACCAGUCGCUGCAUGCCGUCUAAUUGAAACAAACUGGCUCACUGGUCCGUCAUUUCUGCAACAUCCAGCAUCCAUCCCUGUGAAAGAAGCUCCCUGUAAUCUUAUCGAUCAAGAUACAGACAUAGAAGUGCGAGCACAUGCCACUACCUGUUUAAACCCUGAUUCUGGUCUUGGUUCUCACCGCUUCAAAAGGUUUUCAUCUUGGAAAUCCUUAAGAAGAGCCAUAACUACACAUUCACAUUGCUCAGUCUUUCAAAAACAAAGAAAGAUCAUGUUGCGGCUGGCACCAUACACACCUGAGUUACUGACUCAAGCUGAAAGUGUCAUCAUCAAAUGUGUACAGAGGGAGGCUUAUAAAGCAGAAAUUGUUUAUCUGGAGAAUGAAAAGGCCAUUCCCAAGCAGAGUUCCCUUAAGAGGCUGGACCCGGUCCUGCAGGACGGACUCUUAAGAAUUGGAGGCAGACUCGAACAGUCCACACUCCUCAGCAAUGAAAAACACCCUCUUGUUAUACCCGGUCAUAGUUACAUAGCAACCCUCCUAACAAAUCAUUACCACGACAAAGUAAAUCAUCAAGGCCGAGUCUUUACAGAAGGAGCAAUCCGUGCUGGAGGAUUCUGGAUAGUUGGAGCAAAGAGAUGCAUCAGUGGCAUCCUUCGCAAGUGCAUCACUUGCUGCAAACAGAGAGGUAAAACAGCUGAACAGAAAAUGGCAGACCUCCCUCCUGACCGCAUCAGCAUGGAGCCACCCUUUACUAAUGUCGGUUUAGAUGUGUUCGGCCGUUGGAAUGUAUCAGCACGCCGUACCCGUGGAGGCCAUGCUUACAGCAAAAGAUGGGCGGUAAUUUUCACAUGUUUAUCAGUGCGAGCCAUCCAUAUCGAACUGAUAGAGUCAAUGGACACAUCAAGCUUCAUUAAUGCACUUCGCCGGUUCUUUGCCAUUCGAGGCCCGGCAAAGAUUAUACGAUCUGACUGCGGUACUAAUUUCACAGGAGCAUGCAGAGAGCUGAACAUGCUUGUGGUCUCUUCCGAAGAUCCCAGUGUGACAAAAUACCUUAGUGAUGAAGGUUGCAAAUGGAUCUUUAACCCACCUCAUUCGUCUCACAUGGGGGGAGCAUGGGAGAGAAUGAUCGGACUUUCAAGACGGAUUUUGGACUCCAUGCUUCCUCAAAUCAGCUCCUCGCAUCUGACUCAUGAAAUGCUGUCAACUCUAAUGGCUGAAAUAUGUGCUAUUAUCAACGCAAGACCUCUUGUAUACAUUUCUACCGACCCCGAGUCACCUCUUCUCCUCACCCCAGCAAUGAUCCUCUCCCAAAAGGUGUGUACCUCAUCCGCACCUACAGGGCCGUUUGAGAACGCUCAAAACAAUGGAAAAGAGUGCAGUAUCUUGCCAGCCUGUUUUGGGAAAGGUGGAGAUGAGAAUACCUUGCAUCCCUUCAGCCUCGUAAGAAAUGGCAAGACAACAAAUCUAAUAUCAAAGAAAGAGACCUGGUCCUUCUGAAAGACGAUCAGGUAAAAAGGAACGAAUGGCCAAUGGCUCUGGUCACCAAAGCUAUCGCAGACUCAGAUGGCAAAGCCAGAAAACUGGAACUGAAACUCACUAAGAGUGGUACUGCUAAAACCUUCUUACGACCUAUUACAGAGGUUAUCUUGCUUAUGUCUUAAAUUACCCAGUGAACAUAUAUUCACUAGUUGAGAAAUUAAGAGUGGUAUUAUACUUAAUACCAGAUGGGGAGUAUUAUGCCAUGUCUAACAUUACUUCUUCCUCCUCACUGGAGGGCGCUGUUUGACAUAGGUUGAGUUAAAAUCCAGUUUGACAAAACUUUAUUUGUUAUACUUCAUAUCGGGGGAACACGCGAAGCACAGCGGCCAUUUCGCAGCAGAGAGAUUGCGUGUUUCUUUCAUCUUCUUCCAAUCUGUUGUGUAAAACCCCUAAAGAAGUUUUGCUUUUUCACAAAAGAAUGUAACGGAGAUUGAACUACAUGAUUGCACUCAAGCAAAAGUAAAGAGAAAAUGUAUUCAAUCAUCUGAGUGGUCAUUGAAGCUGAUCAGUCAUCUCCUUGCAAUGUUUGGCUAUCUGUAUAUGCAUGCUCAACACACAUGCAUGCAGAGGACAG